GAUGCAGGGUGACGGGCGGCAGCGUCACUUGACUGUCGUCGGGGCGGCCUCGCCACGGUAGUAGUCGCGCUUACGGAAAUCCUGUCAGGCUGGCGGCGAGCGAACGAAACGAGUAGGACACGAGAUGGGAGUACGAAAGGGCGCAACCCGCGGUGACCAGAAAAUGAGGCGGCAGUCGGUCAUCGGGGAAACCUUAACCCCACUCGACACGACCAUGUCGACCCGGGACCCGUCGAGGAGGCCACCCGUCCGACUCAGCUGACCGACUCGACAGAUCGCUAGCGCUUUCGCGAAGCGAGCGUACGGCUCAUGCCGCGCCGCGUUGCCCUUUUAACGCGCCAACUGCGGUGUCUUCUGUCAAAGCCCACAACCGCGUCUACGACGUUCACGCUACCCAACCCCUCUUAAAUCUCUCCAUCCCCACGCAAACACUUACCUGCGACAUGGCUCCCACGCUGCGCCCGCGAGGCAACGGGUCGCGCAACCCGCACGCUGUGUGCCAGCGCCCGGCUAAAGGCACCUCAGUUUCCCUGCUAGGCCCUAUGACCCAGCACUACGGUCUGCGCGCGUUGGCUGCCCGCAUGAAGGCGGCCGCUGCCGCGACCAAUACCCCCCCGCCGUCGCCGGCUGACUCCAGCAGCGCCACCUACAGCAGCAAGGAUAGCACCGCCAAUCCGGUGGGGAGUGACGUGGUCUCGCUCAACGCGGGCGUUGCACCGGCCGCUGAGGAGCAGCACCACGAGGCGCUGAUGGCCCAGAUGGGCAUGGAGAUGAUGGAGUCCGUGGACGCCAACAACGCCGACACCGCCAACACUGGCGACUCCAACAGCUCCGUCCACAACGCCAACAACGUCCCCAACCACACCACAACCCUGAUCACCGUGCGGCUCGACCCGGGCGACGCUCCCCUGCCGCAGGACAACGGCGUCGGAUAUGGCUGGUAUACCGUGGUGCCCACCGCCUUCGCCCUUCCGUUCGCAGAGGCCAUCAAGAACCUGGUGCAGGGUGAGUACAUGCGGCAGGUUCAGGAGAGCUGGAACUGGGUGUACAUGGCCCGGGAAUGGGAGCGCGCUGCGCGGCACCUGGCAGCUCAGCAGCAGAAGACCCUGCAGCUCCUACUCACACCCGUGCUCGGCGAGGCAGCCGCUAGUGAGGCCGCCAGCCAGGCAUUCGCCUUUGAGCCCUGGGGGGGGGAGCAGCUCAUGAAGGGCAUCACCCGCCUCGGCUACGCCGUGCCCUGCCGCAACAACUGGGACUGCGCCGACUCAUGGUUCGCCCUCACCACACUCCUCCUCUCCAACACCGACGUGCAGGGUGAGGUGGCGCUCUCAGCCUCCUCAGCGAUGGAGACUGUCUGGGGCAAGCCGCUGAACAACCCCUUCUGAAGGCAACGUCAACAUGUUCCUCAAUUUCUAUCGUAAGCAGUUUCAAGUAUCAGCGUGGCCGCGGUAUUUUUGCUGACCGACGUGGUCGUCGGAUCAAUUGCGGGGGAGGUCACAGCUGUGACAAACCAUUUAGGGCAUUGAACUUUGAAUAAGUUGAUAUAAGUUGUGACUUAACUCAAGAAAGAAUUCGCAAGUAGGUCGGCGAUGUGUGGACUAGGCAGCCGCAUGCACGCAUGCCCGGGUUGAACGAACACGCCACCCGCGCUAGGAGGUUAUGGGCUUAACCCUACCUCGCAUGCAUCUUUGAGACUUAAGCGCAUGUUGCUACAAGGGAAGGGUAGAGAAGGAAGGAGGUUAUGGAUGCGUAGGUACGGACGUGUGUAUGCAGACGUGUGGGGAUUACUUGCAGGUCUUCCCCCCCUGUACGCUCCCUUCUGGAGACGGGAGGGUUCGCACUAACCCAGGUUGCGAGUGUAGAAGGUGCGUGUACGUAAUUGUCAGACCAGUAGGCAGUCAGACGGAGGCGGUCAGACUGGGGAUAGAUUACGUAAGUGGCAACGUUGCACGGAUGGUCUGUUACGUAAUUGACAACGUUGCACAGGGAUUCUAGAUCCAUGUACGACCAAUGCGGGUCGCCCCUGAGUAUUUAAGCGGCCGACCGCUUGUUGUUUGGGCAUAGAACCGGGUGUUAGCCUGAAGAACCAUACCAGGCAACCUUUCCCAGGUCGAACGGUAGUGCCGAGUGGACAGAUCUUCCCACUUCGGACACAAGUGUAAACCACCAUUGAC